AAUUAUCAUAUCUGAGUUAGGGUCACAAUAUGAGCCAGGCGUUAGCUUAUUUAAGGUCAUAGGCUCCAAAUCAAUGCCAAACUAGGGUUUUGUACUUUUGUUUUAUCAAGAUAAUUAAACCUUUUAUAGUAUUGGGCCAGUUCAUUAGCAGUUGUGUCUGAAACGUGGGUCAAAACCCAAAAUUAUUCUCAACAUUGAGAGGGCAAAGCCGAUGUUUGUACUUGAACCAUCCUGAGUCGAUCCGCACUACAACUGGUCCGACGAAAAACCCUAAACCUGAAGCCAAAACUCAAGUUAAGGACGAUGGCGUAUGCUGCAAUGAAGCCUACCAAGCCUGGUUUGGAGGAGCCCCAGGAGCAGAUUCACAAGAUCAGGAUCACUCUCUCUUCUAAGAAUGUGAAAAACCUCGAAAAAGUUUGUGCUGAUUUGGUUCGAGGUGCCAAGGAUAAGAGAUUGAGAGUUAAGGGACCAGUGAGAAUGCCCACCAAGGUUCUUCACAUCACAACUAGGAAGUCUCCCUGUGGUGAAGGAACAAACACAUGGGAUCGAUUUGAGCUCCGUGUUCACAAGCGAGUUAUUGACCUCUUCAGCUCCCCUGAUGUGGUCAAGCAGAUCACUUCUAUCACCAUUGAACCUGGUGUUGAGGUGGAGGUUACCAUUGCAGAUUCUUAAAUGGCAUAUGGUUUUUGCUGUUUGUGUUUUCCCAUACUAGUGUUCAAGUGAAGAUUCUAUUCUGUUUUGUGGCUCCGGAUUUUGUUUCCUUUUUGUUACCUAAAGAUUAUGUUUGGAUAUUUUAUUUAAUGCAUUAUUUGACUUUAAA